AUGAAUUUUUAUAACCAGUCAUUAGUCCUGAAACUUGACAUCCUGUCGGAGCACUUAUUAAAUUCCUCUGGAACUAAGAUGGAAUGGGAUGAAAUUACAGUGUUGGGGGUAAAAGUUACAGUUUCCAUCUUUUUAUCAUUGUUAACUUUAGCUACUCUUCUCUCUAAUAUUUUUGUAAUUAUUACUAUAUAUAUGACCCGCAAGCUUCAUACUCCUGCAAAUUACUUAAUUGGUUCAUUGGCUUUUACGGAUUUAUUGGUAUCUAUUUUGGUAAUGCCUAUUAGUAUUGUAUACACUGUAAAUCACUCAUGGACAUUUGGACAGAUCAUUUGUGAUAUCUGGUUGUUGUCAGAUAUAACAUGUUGUACAGCUUCAAUACUUCAUCUUUGCGUUAUCGCCUUAGAUAGAUAUUGGGCCAUCACAGAUGCACUAGAGUACUCUAAACAUCGUACAGCAGGAAGAGCUGCUGCUAUGAUAUCUGUUGUAUGGGUAAUAUCCAUAUGUAUCUCCAUGCCACCACUCUUUUGGAGACAAGCCAAAGCUCAAGAAGAACUAACUGACUGUUCUGUAAAUACAGACCAAAUCUCCUAUACCAUCUACUCAACCUGUGGAGCAUUCUAUAUACCAACAAUGUUGCUUAUUAUACUGUAUGGGAGAAUAUAUGUAGCAGCACGAACUAGAAUUCUAAGACCACCAUCUAUUUAUGGAAAGAGGUUCACUACUGCUCAGUUAAUCACUGGAUCAACCGGGUCAUCCUUUUGUGCAGUCAAUGCUGCUCAUCCCCUGACUGGAGGAACUCCAAUAUGUAUAAAUCACAUCAAGAUAAAACUUGCACACAGUGUUCUCGAAAGGAAACGAUUGUCUGUAGCCAGGGAAAGGAAAGCCACAAAAACCCUAGGAAUUAUUCUUGGAGCCUUCAUAGUAUGCUGGUUGCCAUUCUUCGUAGUGUCCCUUGUCUUGCCCAUCUGCAGAGAUGCUUGCUGGUUCCAUCCUUUAUUGUUUGACUUCUUUACUUGGUUGGGAUAUUUUAACUCUCUCAUCAACCCUGUGAUAUAUACAGCUUUUAAUGAAGAUUUCAAACAAGCCUUCGAAAAGCUGAUAAGAUUCAAAAAAAUUACUUAA